UCCCAUAUUCUGCGAAGCGAUUGGAAUGCUCAAGUCUUGAAAGUCCGAGUGGUCUGCCAUAGGGCUGGCAGAGUUCCGAACACGAACGCUAGCGACAAUCACUGGUCAAUCUAUCUUAUUAUUGGUCCCGCGAAAAUCAAGGUCUAUGAUUACGUAGACAGUAACUCGAGACUUCGACAUUGUGACUACGAAGCCAUCACAUACUUCACUGUCGGAAUGGCCUACGACCUUCUGGUCACGCAGCAUCAUUUAGAUCGUUACAAUAUGUCUGGCGGUGGCUCCGGUUGCCGCUGGUGGGGGUGGAUCCGCUCUGAUGCUGCUGCUACCCUUUGGCCACAUCUCCAUUUCAAAUAUUCGGGACUGCAGGGUCCGACACCGCUGUCGAUGGUAUAUGGGUCUUUCUAU